AUGCAGAGAACAAUUCUCUCUCAUUCUCAGCUGCUGCGUGCAGUGAAGCCCAUUCCACACUUCAAACCAGUUCCAUUCAAACAAGAGAAGUUUCUCUCCAUGAAGAGCCGUAAUGUGGGAACUUACUUUCAAGCACGGCAGCGUAUUCUUAAAAGAUCCACCGCCGUACUGGAACAACAAAAACAAAAACAAGAGGGGAAACAGACGGAGAGUAGUGGACACUCUGGCGGAUUAACAUCAUCCAAAAGCCAUGAUCAUCAUCACAAUAAUAAUAAUAAUAAUAAUAAUAAUAUGAGUUUGAAUCAAGAACGAGUCCUUGUGGGAACACCUAUUACAGCACAUAUGGCGGAUGAAAUAGAUGUGUGGAAUCGAAACCUUAAAAACUUAGAGGCCCUUCAGGGAUUUGUUCUCACAGAUGAAUUAAUUUACGAUGCUAUUUCUAAAAAUAUACAUUUAGGAGCUUUCCCUUAUUUUUUAGAUUGGUUGCGUAAGGCUGCACAGGAAGAACGAGUUCCUAUUCCUCUUUCUGUAAUGUCUGACUUGCGUAUAUAUAUAGACUUUGUACAAUCUAUGCUCCCUUCUAGUAAUGCAAGUUUAAUGAUAUCACCGGAGAGAUUUAUUGGACCUGUGGCUCUUGAGACUCCGUUAUCGAAAGAGGAGGAAAAGGAGGAAAAAGAAAAGAGAAGUGAGGGACUUUUUUUUCUUCUUUUUCUUCCUUUGGUAAAUCCAUCUCCUUAUGUGCGUUAUCUUUUAAAGGAAAUGUAUAUUCCUGUCUGGGAGUGUUUAUACCAAUUAGGACUUCUUCCAAAAACAACAGGAACAACAAUAGAAGGAGAGGAAGACUCUGAAAUUGAUUGGAAUCGUUUAGUACGGGAGAAUGUGAGUAAAGAUAAAGUCUCUGAUAUCUUGCAGCACAUCUCCUCAACUGUUGUCUCUGUUAAUAAUAAUAAUAAUAAUAAUAAUAAUAAUAAUAAUAAUAAUAACAAAAGUCGACCAAGCAAUCGUAAUCUUAACAAGAAUAGUGACAGUCAUGAAAGAGAAGAUGAGGAAGGACUAAAUGGAUUACAGGCCUAUUUAGAUGUUUUUCUCGCCCUCGCCCAGUGUGCAGCUGAGGCGAAGGAAUUCCAUCUUCUUCUUCAAUUACAAUUCUUCUUUUGUACUUUAUUUGUCGAAGAGAGAAAUAAUAAUAAUAAUAAUAAUAAUAAUAAUAAUAAUAAUGGUAGUACUACUACCGAUGGGUCUUUGUGUAGAUUGAGAGAAGAAGUAUGGUGCCAAAGUGCUGCGGAUGUUGAACGACUCCAUCAAUUUGCGAAUGAAUUUCUCUCUGCUGUUUAUUAUGGCCGACACGCCUAUCGAAGUGAGUUGGCCUUGGGAGAUUAUGUGAGCUUUAUUCAUAAAGAUAACACUGGAGAGAGUGGAAAUGAUGAAAAGAUUACAGAGAUAAAGAAUAUCCAAAAGAGAAGAUGGGAGAAUGGAGAGACGGCAGAGGAAGGAGAAGAAGAAGAAGGAGAAAAUGGAUCUAAUGAAGAAGUAGAAAAAGAAGAAAUAGAAGAAGAACAGAGAAAUGAUAAAUCUAUGGAUUCCUCAUUUCUAAAAAUAACAUUACAAGAGGCUAUAGAUAAUGUUCUGAAGGAUUUACUUCGAAAUGAAUCUUUAUCACUAUUGGAUGCUUCUCUAUAUGCGGCAUUGGCAUUACAAGACGGAUCCCUUAUUCCAAUCUCUACUACUUCUACUACUAAUAUUAAUAAUAAUAAUAAUUCAAUCAGUCGUUUUUCUAAUGUGGAAAUUGAGUGGAUGCGAAUAUAUUGUGACUUGACUCACCGUUCUCAUCUCGGAGAGAAUGUGAUGAAUACAUUAGAGUCUUUAUUUAGUCCUGAUGGCGUUUUUGUAAAGAGCAUGAUGGAAACAUUUGGGAAUAAUAAUAACAAUAAUAAUAACAAUAAUAAUAAUGAUGAUAUUGUAGGACAAGAGUGUUUUCUAGCAUUGGUGGUGGAGUUAAUUAUUACAGUGGGAACUAUGCCCUCUAUAUAUACAGUGGAAGAAGAAGAAAAAGAAGAAAAAGGAAUGAUGCUAUUACGAUUGAUAGAGACAUUCCUCUCACGUUUGAAGGAAAUAAAGAAGAAGGAGCAAUCCUCAUCCAUAUUAUUAUUACCAGUUUACAGUGCGGCCUCUUUCAUACUGUUAUUAUCUCCUUUUCUUACCAAAAAGAAUAUCUCUCUGAAAGGCAAUGAAAAUAAUAUACAGAAAGAAGAAAUGUAUUCUAUUCCUAAUAAAACAGCCAUGUCUAUUUUGUCUGAUGUGAUGAUAAGUAUAAUGGAACAACCCACGAGAUUUGGAAAUGCAUAUAGUGCUGUUUUCAUAGUACUUGUCCAUACGGAAUUAUGGGAUGAAGUCCUGCAGUUAUUGCUCAAGUUAGAUACAGUAAUAAUAAUAGAAAAAGAAGAAAAAGAAAAAGAAGAAAUAAAAAGAAAUAGUAUUGGUGAAGAACAGCAGCAGCAGGGAAUGAGUAGUGUGUUGAUGGACCAACGGGUGUACGCAUGGAUCUUUCGAAAGGCUCGAGAUGUGGGGAGAGUGGAUAUUUGUUUAUUCCUGCGCCGUACAAGGGAGAAGCUUUUUUAUUAG